AUGUUGGGCCUCGGGGAGAAGCUCUAUGCUUGUGUUUCCAGUCUCCGCCAGGUGGAACUGCAUGUGUCCCAGAAAUUCCGUGUCUUGCUCAUCUGGCAGGUCGUCUUGUCCAACAUGCCCGUUACGUUUGCGCCUUUCGCAACGUUUGCUAUAUAUGCGAUUAUUCAGACGGUUCGGGGAGGCCAGACUCUUUUGGCUAACCGGAUGUUCACAUCCCUAUCACUGAUCUCACUCAUGACGGAUCCGCUGCUCAUUUUCAUUCAGACACUUCCUUCACUAUGGGAGUCCGUGUCUUGUUUUAGUCGCAUCGAGCAGUAUUGCACCAAGGCGCCGAUGGAGACAUCGACCGAUAGCACAACCCCUGGCGACGAUAUGGAGCUGUCUUCCCGCCCGUCUCCCGGUUCAUCUUCAACGUCUGUUGUUGAAUUCCAAAAUGCUAGCUUCUCGUGGACUGCCACCGGCUCUCAUGUCCUUCAUGGCAUCAGCUUUGCAGUUCAGAAGGGGCAUAUUACCGCUGUGAUUGGGUCGGUCGGAAGCGGCAAGAGUACACUGCUAGAAAGUUCCCUUGGCGAAACGACACUCAGAAACGGGUCGAUGUCACCGUUCUCAACUAGCGUCGCGUAUUGUCCACAGACGCCAUGGAUAAUGAACGACACUAUUCGGCAAAAUAUCAUUGGCCCGGCUGCAUACGAUCCGAAGUGGUAUAGCUUUGUGGUUUGGGCCUGUGCCUUGGAACCCGACUUCGAGAACAUCGCUGGUGGGGAUUUGUCUAAGGCUGGAAGUUCAGGUAUAACAUUGAGCGGUGGACAGAAACAGAGAAUUUCAUUGGCACGAGCGGUCUACUCCCGAGCCCCGACAUUGGUCCUCGAUGAUGUAUUCAGUGGCCUUGACAACAAGUCUGUUGUUGCUAUCACAACCCGUCUACUCGCUUCCACUGGUCACUUCCGAGAAUCUGGCAGAACAGUCAUUAUUGCAACACACAACCAUCGCCUAUUGCCCCAUGCCGAUAGAAUCGUGGUUCUCGAGAAUGGUACAGUACGGAAAAUUGGUUCAUUUGAAGAAAUCGAGUCCGAAUUGCCACAGGAUCAUCACAGCAGUGACAGCGACGAUUCUUCAAAUCAAGAAGUGAUAACGCCGACAAAGCAGGCACAUUCAAGUACUCUCGAGAGUGUACUGAGCAACGUCGACGGAGAAUCCCUCGAGCUGGAUAAUGCACGCCGCGAUGGAAAAUGGUCCGUGUAUUCGUACUACUUCAAAUCUGCAGGAUGGACCCUCAUGAUUUCAUUGGUCGCGGCGAUCUUUAUCUGCGGAUUUACAGAUAGGUUCUCAACUAUCUGGUUGGAACAAUGGUCGAAUGCGAACCAGAAGAAUCCCGACCAGUCACCGGCGAAGUAUGUGGGGAUCUACGCCUUGCUUAUCGGGAUAUCUAUCUGCGGCCUCGUAUUUUCAUGCUGGGCCCUUUUGGUUCCUGUCAUCAGCAACACGGGCCGUAGCAUGCAUGCGCACUUGCUCAAGGCCACCCUGAGUGCACCUUUCAGCUUCUUCCAAAAGACUGACGCAGGCUUGACAACUAACAGAUUCAGCCAGGAUUUGGAGCUUAUCGACAUGGACCUUCCCAUCCAGGCAAUCAACACCAACAUGUCAUUUGCAAACUGCGUUGUUCAGCUGGUUUUACUCUGUAUCUUGGGUAAAUACCUCACGAUAACGGUCCCUGCUCUCGGCGUCAUCCUCUUCCUCGUGCAAAGCUACUACCUGCGAACCUCCCGACAAGUGCGACUUCUCGACAUUGAGGCGAAAUCUCCACUUUUCACUCACUUUGUGGAAACUAUGCAAGGCAUCACUGUCAUUCGGGCGAUGCGAUGGCAGACACCUUUCCAGACUCGACUCCAGGAUUUAUUGAACCAGUCUCAGAAGCCAUUCUACAUGCUAUUCUGCAUUCGUCAAUGGCUUCAAUUGGUUCUUGAUUGUAUCGUGAUGGCACUUGCCGUUGUUCUCGUAUCGCUGGUGGUCUCGCUCAGAGGCCAAUUCAGUGCGGGCUCGAUCGGUGUUGCUCUCAACUUGAUUCUCGUUUUCAGUCAGGAUCUCAUGCAGUUUAUCAAGUCUUGGACUGUCCUUGAAACAUCCAUUGGUGCGGUCGCUCGUAUCCAAGAAUUUGUCGAGACCACCCCAUCAGAAGAGCAGCACCAGAAUGAACACGCAACGGUUUCACCCCAUUGGCCCGAACGUGGACAUUUGACCUUCGACCGUGUGACAGCUUCCUAUGGACCUAACGCCCCGCCUGUUCUGAACGAGCUGUCCCUAGCUAUCGAACCUGGUCAGAAGAUCGCUGUCUGCGGCCCAUCAGGAAGUGGCAAGACCUCUCUUAUCUUAGGAUUAUUACAGAUGAUCGAGUUGCGGGAUGGUAGCAUCAACUUGGAUGGCAUCGAUCUCUCUACACUGUCAUGCAGUACGGUACGCUCUCGAAUCAACGUUGUGCCACAGGAACCUUUCUUCAUGCCCGGAACGCUACGCUUCAAUUUGGACCGCCAGCUCGAGGAUAAUCCUGUUCCCGACUCAUCUCUCAUCCGGGCACUCGAAGCUGUCGGACUAUGGAAGAAGGUUCGUGAGGACUGCCCUGAUGGUGGGGAGCUAGACCAGCCCCUCUCGAUUUCAAAUUGGUCUAUGGGAGAGCGACAAUUGCUUGCGCUCGCACGAGCAUUGGUGGUGAAGAGUCCAAUCCUAAUUUUGGAUGAAGCUAUGAGCAGUGUGGACUGGGAGACCGAAGCCACUAUGCAAGACAUCAUUGACCGAGAAUUUACUUCUCAGACGGUUAUUUCUGUCAUUCACCGGCUUCGCUACGUCGAGCGCUAUGACCGAGUUGCACUCAUGAAGCAUGGCCGACUUGUGGAAUAUGCUAGUCCAGGCGAACUCCUGGCGGGCCCAUCCGAAUUUGCGUCCUUUUACAAUGCGAAAAAGGCCCCCCAGUGA